AUGUCGACCUUCAAGCGGGAGGAUCUUCGCCGCGUGUUCUUCAGCGACCUUUCGGAGCAGUGCGACGAGGACAUCAUCCACGAGCUCUGCACACAGUUCGGCCCCGUUGCGAAAAUCACGUGGCCCACCACCGGCAAUCUCGCGGGCGGCGCGCAGCACAUGACGUUUUGCUUCGUCGACUUCCGCAACGCCGAGGACGCGAAGUACUGCUACGAGGCGCUCCACCGCAGCCGUGCGAAGCUCUUCGGUAAGGAGCUGCGCGUGUCGCACGCCAGCACCGACAUACCGCUGAAGGAGAGCGGCGUGCGCGUGCAGAACCGCCACGCGGUGCACGAGCUGCACGAGAUCGGCGCCAAGGUGGUGGUGCGCGGCGUCGACCUCAACGUCACGGAGUUCGAGCUCACUUCCUUCUUCGAGCAGUUCGGCAAGUUUGCCGUGCCGCCGCGCAUGGCACGCGACUUCGAGGGGAACUUCCGCGGCGUUGUAAUUCUCUCCUACGACGACUUCGCGUCGAGCGACAAGGUGAUUGACGAGAUGGACCAGAAGAUCUACCGCGACCGGCCAAUCUCCGUCGCCUACGCGGAGAUGGAGGACGGUAGCGGGCGGAAGCACGGCACCGCGGAGGAGCGCGCCAACGCCGCACUGUUCCGUGAGGAGGCACGCAAGCACGCCGAGCGUAUUGCGCGCGAGCAGGCCGAUCACGAGCGUGAGCGGGCGCGCAGGAGACAGGAGAACGUUGCGUGGGCCGCAGGCAUCGACCCAUACGCGCGCACCCAACACAGCGCCCACCAAUGA